AUGGUGAUAUCCGGUACUACUGUAGGAGGUGGGGAGAAUCCGGAGGGAUACGGAGGUCAAAUUGUAAAAGAGUUGUGGCGAAAACUAAGAGACUGUCAUCGUGAUGCUUUGCGGCGACAAAGAAAGUCUAAAAGUGGGGACAAGGCUAAAAACAUAAAGCUGUGGACAUAUCAAAAACAAAUGGAAUUUCUUAUUCCAUACAUGGCAAAUAGGAGUACAACUGGAAACAUAGAAAGUAACCAACAAGAUGGGGCUGGAAAUCUUACUGACAAUGACGACAUUCUGUCGCCUUCUGUGGAAACUGCAGAAGGCGCAGAAAAUGAAGAUGAGACAGGACAGGAGAGAGCAGACCAUGUCCAUCGGUCAUCAAGAGAUUAA